CUAACUGCAACUGUGCAAAGGCAUUGUAACCACAGAUACGGCGGAAUGCACCGCUAUUUAAUUUUAAUUGAGUUUGUGUUAAAUAUAAAAUAGAUGCUGCUAAAGGCACAACCUCGCGACUUCAAUUAAGUAAAUGUGUGUUUAGUGUAACUGCCUGCACAAUGGCCAAGAAAAUUCCAUUUAAUGUGGUAUUUGCCUCAGAUGAGGACCCCGGCUUUCCAGCCAGCGAACUUAAUACACAUGGCCCCACAGUACAUGGCUGGCGCAGUGCCGUGGACAGCGGAGUCAGCACACACGACAUCAUAUUGCGUUUCCAUCAACCCGCUAAAAUUUAUCGCAUCCAGCUCUUGGCCCAUCAGUAUUUGAUACCCGAAAAAGUGGAACUAUGGCUGCACUACUCCCCAAAGUCUAUGCCCAGCACUCCGUCCUCACAGUACUUUGAUUUUCUUGGCUUUGUCGCGCUCGCCGACAAUGCGAAUACCAACUACAAAUCACGCGAGUUGCAGAGCGUGACAGUGAAUCCGAGGCGAGGAACGCACUUGAAGCUGCGUCUGAUUGGCGUUCAUUGCAAUGAGUUGAAUAGCACCCAGCAGAUUGCAUUGAUAGCGGUCAAUGUGCUCGGCGAGGAUCUGGAAACGGCUGCCCUCAAUGAAGGCGACGAGCAUCUGGCCAGCGAGUCGGCGCCCAUAGACACAGCCACGGGUGAACUAGCCCUGGCCUCCAUAUGUGAUGAUUUGCUAUUUUCCAUGUACGUGGAGGAGUCCAUUGUACAUUACAUACGCGAACUGGAGCAGCGCAAGAUUAAGGCAGUCAGCAUGGAGAGAUUCGAAUAUGCGCGCAAACUAAAACUUUGCAUGACGGCACUGCGAACGGCGGGCGAGCGCUUGGGUCGCUAUGCGUUGGCCAAGCGGCAGGCGGUGCAACAGGAAGAUUUUAGUGCGGCCAAGUUGCGCAAGGAGCAGAUCGAAAUGUAUCGCGCCUGUGUGCUCAAGCAACUCCAAGUGGAGCAACUGCUCGAGAACGAGGGAGCACUCAGCCAGAACGAUCAGAGCUGCGAGAUCUAUGCGGGCGGCAAACCUAGCCUGCCAGCUGCACCGAGUCUUCAGGAUGUGGCACACGCUCUGGCCGAGGCUGUCAGCAAUCCCAAGUCCAGCAGUGUGCAGCUUGAAAAGUCGCCCAGCCAUGAGGUUGCCAUAGUUGCGCCUGUUGCUGCACUGCAUCUGCAUGCUAAAUCCCACGACGAGCUGCCUCAGUCGCCGCGCCUGCCCAUGGCAUCGCGCCAUAGCUCGCCCAUGUCCAGUCGCCAAGGAUCGCUAAGGAGGCGAAAUAAAAGUGCACCGCGUAAUUCUUACGAGGAUUACGAGGAGCGAGCCAUACCCACGCUGAGACACUCAAAUACUAAUGAAUUUUUAAGGGAGUGUCAGGGCAACGCGCUGCUCGAAGCGGACCCCAAUCGCAGCCGUUCCCGGCUCAAUGACCGCGAGCGUCGACAAGCUGCGCUGCCCAUCUUGGUAUUUGGCAGCGAACUGGUUGAGCUAUUCUAUUCGCGACAGUUUCAGGAUCGAGAGGAUGGGCUAGUGCGCUUGCGCAGCUUUCUCAAGGAACAGGAAACGGAUGAGGCGGCUAGCAAUGAGCAUGCAGCCAGUCCCAACAAAGUUGCACGCAGCGCUGCUUUGCUGCUGCAUCGUGCCGUCCGAGAUGCUGUCUAUUCGGUGUUUAAUCAGGCGACCGAAACGGUGCGGGUGCUGUUCCUUGAAUAUGUGCCCGGUCGCGUGUCGCCCAAUGAGGUGGCCCGAUGCGUGGAUCGUCUGCUGCCAGAGCUGCUGGCAAAGUCGGGUGAUCCCUCGGCGCGUUUGCAUACGCUGGCACAGCACACCAUACUCAGCAUCGCCGCAUGCCCACAGGUGGCCGAGCAGCACCUGGUCGCACCUGCGCUGUCGCGAAGCGUUGGCUCUGGCACGCAUCAGCGUCUAGCCAUGAGCCGGCUGCAAAUGCUCGAGCAAUUGGUGAACACACAAGGAAUUAGCACUGACAAGCAUAGCGGAUUGACAUGCCGAGCUCUGUCCGACUGCGGAUGCUCGGGCAUACAUCAUCCAGCGGAACCAGUACGCAAGGUGGCUGAGCGUAUACUGCUGCUCGUCUAUAAAGUGAAUCCGCGACUGGUACGCAAACAGCUGCCACCAGACGACGACAUUACGCGUCGCAAUCUGCUCUACCGCCAGCUUUUCACGGAGUUUGAUAAGCUGGAUCUGGAGCGCAAGCAGGAGCUGCUAGAAGUGCACAAUUCAGGCAAUGAUGCGGAGCUAAUGCAGCCCACAACCAGCACAGACGCGUCGCGGCUGCUGAAGAGCAAGAGCGGAAUGGCAUUGGGUGCCUCCGUGGUGGACAAUGGCUACGUCAGCUGCAAUGGCAAGCAACAGUACAAUGAGCAACUGAAGCGCUCCAUGCAGUCGGUCUCGAAUUCACGCAAGGGAUCCGCAACCAACUCCGAGUCCACUGAAGAGACAACGCCAAAGAUCAAUUGCAUGUUUUGUGGCUGGAGCUGCCCUGGGAGCGAUGCUGGCCAACUGGAUCGUCACUAUUGGAAGACUUGUCCCUUUCUCACCAAGUGCCCACAAUGUAGCCAGGUGCUGGAGGUAGCUGCGCUCAACUACCAUUUAAUUAACGAAUGCGAAGCCAAGGAGAGCUAUGUGGUGUGCACGCGCUGCACGGAGUCGGUGCAUAAGCAGCUAUAUGAGCUGCAUCAAAUGGAGGACUUUUGUCGCGAGCUUAAAACUGGCGCUGCUCGCUGUCCACUUUGUCAUGAUGAUGUGCAUCUGCCAUUAGACGGAGGCUGGAAAUUGCAUCUAUUAAGCGCUGGCGGCUGUCCAGGCAAUAUACGUAAACGGAAUUUAAAGAAAUCAAACUAAA